UUUGAGUCACUGAGACACAGUUUAUGAGAGAAGAGCUGAGGCUAAUCACAGAGAGUGCCUGUGCUAGUUAACCAGAGAGACGUUCGUGGAAAAGCAGAUCUCUUUGAGCAAAGACUUCGGAUGGACAGCGAGGCUGUCAAAGACUUACAGAGUGAGGAAGACAUGGAGCAGGAAAUGUCCUCUGAGAAAGAGGAGGACAGCGAACCAGAGGAGGAAGACGAAGCCGAGGAGGAUGAGGAGGAAGCAGCAGGAAUACAGGGCAGAGGGGAUCUGAGGGACAUGGAGGUCUGGAAUGGGUUUAUUUCGGGAGCAGGACUUGCAGCUGAAGAGGAGGCGCUGCUGGACUGGAAACCAGGUGACCCUGUGACCCCUCAGUAUGUCCUCAGGCUACCAGGAUACACAGACGACUACCUGUGCUCCCCAGAAGACAAUAUCUACAAUAUUAGCUUCUCACGGUUCAAAAUCAGAGACCUGGAAGGUGGAUCGGUCAUACUGGACCUAAAGCGGCACUGUCCAACAGAAAUAAAGGAUGUCAUAGAGCUGGAUGCAGGCCGUUUCAUUCAGUAUCAUUUCAGUCCUGCUUUUCUCAGUCUCAGGGAGAUUGGAGCCACGCUUGAGUUUACAGUGGGUGGUAAGGCAGUCAACAAGUUUCGGCUGAUUGAGAAGCAUUACUUCAGGGAUCUGCUGCUGAAGACGUUUGACUUUGAGAUCGGUUUCUGUAUCCCACACAGCAGAAACACCUGUGAACACAUCUACUGCUUACCAGAUCUGGAUGCACACACAAUUGAGGAGAUGAUCAACCACCCUUUUGAGACGCGCUCAGACAGCUUCUACUUCGCCAAUAACACACUAAUCAUGCAUCAUAAAGCAGAGUACUCCUUCAAGCAGUGAGAACUGAACCUAAACAUCAAUCACAAAAUAUGGCAGCAGAAGACUGAUAACAUAAUAUGCAGAGUAGUGCUGUAUAUUUGGUUUCAUAAACCAUAAACUAUAGGAAAAGGCAUUUCUUUGUUACUUUACCGAUGUUUGUGCUGGAGAGAUGUUGUGUUGCUUGCACACUAAUAAAAAAAACUUUAUCAGAGAA